CAGUAGAACAUAAACUUACAAGUAUAAUCACACCUGUACCUAUGUACCUCAUGAAUAGAGUAAUAGACUGCUAUGAAUAUCAUUACCCAGUAUCAUGACUAACCUCCUUCCUUGGAACUAUCCUCUUUAAAUAUCAGCUGCAAAGUCAUUCUACUGCCAGUCUUCAGUCACCCGGUCUAAGUCUGAUUGUCUCUUUACACUGAAUAGCUCUUUUCAUUGAAUGCCAGUUAUGGCUACGCCUGGAGGUUAUUCAAAUCCAAAUGAUCGUCCUCUUUUAUUCAUUGCCAAGUACAAGUGUGAGAAAUGUGGUCACAAAUGGAAAGUCAAAAAGACAUCUGGUGGUGAAAAGAGCUGCCCGAUAGAUUCUUGCCAUAGCUACUUGCCUGUAUCACCAUACAAAAUGAUUCCUAUCAAUAAACUGGUUGUUUACAAAUGCCCAAAGUGUUUAACCGAAAAAAGAGAGAAACGGUGCGAGAAAGAAGUUCGUGAAGUUCCUUACUGUAGAGUUUGUAGCUGUAACAUGGAAUUGGUUUCUUGCAAGGAUAUUAAAGUUUUAAAAAGAAAAUUUGGAGAAUUCUUUUGCAAGAAAUGCCUACGAGGCUGGAAGAGUGGCAAUGCAUGGGAAGGCAAAGGCCAAGAAUGCAAACAAUGUGAUAGACUGGUCUAUCCAUCGACACUCCGUCCUUUGAGACCACCACAAUUUACUACUGAGCGUAGAGAGCCACAUGACCAAAGCCGCUGUGAAAUGUGCAAGAAACUUGGCGAAAAUUGCAAGACUCUUGAUUCAUAUGCCGGCAAUGUAGCUAGUAGUGACGAGCUACCGCCAGAAGAAGAUGAAGAUGAUUUGAGUGUCAUUACAGACACAUCCAGUGCUUUGAGUAGUGUGAGGGAUAGAUCAUUCUCACCAGAAGAUGAUUUGAAUGACGACAACCUAUCUCCUGGUGAUGGUGAUCUGACCCCUACUGAAGAUGAUCCUGGUCAAGAUGAUAUCGUUACAAAAGCUGCUGAAGAACUUGCCAAGCUGUCGUUUAACAAUAGAAAGAAGUAAUCAGCUAAAGAAUAUAAACUAAAUGAAUUAGUCAUUGAUAAUGUGUACUCUUGAUGAUGUCUAUUGUAAUGUUUUGCUUUACAUUUAAUUUGUUUUAUAUACACUA